CAGACUGUCACAUUACCGCCAGCUGACGUCACACGCUGUUACAUGUGGAUAAGCUAUCUACAGCAUAACAUUUGAAUUUCAUAACCUGUGUCGUUUUGGUUGUAGUUAAUUCAGCAUAUUCAAAAGCUUACGGAAGCUGAGCGUCCGCAGUACAUUCAUAUGGGCCGACAAAAGACUACAGUUAUUAGAAAAACCGCUGCAACCAUCUAAACGUGCUAACCAAAGCGCUACUUUAGCAAAGGAAGGGAAAGUGCAGGCUACAUGACAUGGAGAACUACAGAAAAGCACGCACAGUCGAGCAGCCCUGCCCGUGUCCUUUCCCCGACCUGCCCAGCGACACUCCUGAAGUUCGAGUGAAGGAUGGCAGCAAAAUCCGCAACCUGAUGAGGUUUGCUUUAAGCCGUAUGGAGGAGAAAACAGCCUCCGCAGAUCAUUCAGGGCCUCAGGAAGGCUCAGAGGUGAGCAUCGGAUCGGGGGAGAAUCUGUGCCGCCAAAUUGUGUUCACGGGUGUGGGUCAGAGUGUGGCUAAAGCUAUCACGUGUGUGGAGAUCAUGAAACGCCGUGUACACGGCCUACACCAGCACACCAAAUUGGUCUAUCGCACGGUUCAGGAGGUCUGGGAGCCCCUGGAGCCCGAGGCCGGCUUGGACAGUCUCACAGUCAGCAGAAAUGUUCCCAGUAUAUGGGUUUUGCUCUCCAGAGACUCACUUGAUAAGAACCAGCCAGGUUACCAAGCUCCAGGUUCUUUUGAUGCCUUGUGGGCUCAGGCUCUCAGAGAGGAAGCAGCAGCUCCGAAACAUGGACAGAGAAGGAAGAGGGGAGGAACAGGGGCUGGAAGGACAGAAGGGUCUGGGAGAGGAAAGGGUCCACGCAAGCACCCGGGUCGACCUGGAGAACCACGUAAACCUCUAGGUCAUGCUGGGGGAGGGCAGGAUUGAAUCUGUGUUGCGGCUUCCUACCAUACCUUGGUUCAUAUUGAGGUUUUUCCUUUUUGAAGUUGCAUAUCUUGAGAAUGUCUGUCAUCAAAUUGAGAGUUUAAAAGAGCAAUACAUAAUAAGUCCCUUGAUGGUUCACCUAAAAAUAAAAUUCUUUUGUUAUUGAUUCAUCCAAAGCUGUUUUUUUUAAAUAAAUUAAACUGACUUCAGAAAA